AUGUUCGCCAAUAGACGUUUAGGCAAGGAACUCAUCAAGCUGCAAGAGCACGUUCCACCAGGAAUCUCCAUUGCCAAGUCGGACAAUCUCGAGGAAUGGCAGAUGGAUAUCAAAGUCCUUGAUGACAAUCCAAUAUACAAAGACCAGACCUAUCGACUGAAGUUUACUUUCGGGAGUAAAUAUCCAAUUGAACCUCCCGAGGUCCAGUUCAUCGAGUGCCCUUCUUCCUCCGACACACCCCGUCCAAUCCCUAUGCAUCCUCAUAUCUACAGCAACGGUAUCAUUUGUCUUGACCUGUUAAGCUCCUCGGGGUGGUCUCCAGUGCAGACCGUGGAGAGCGUCUGCAUGAGCAUCCAGAGUAUGCUGACCGCAAACUCUCGAGAUGAGCGCCCACCCGGCGACAGCGAGUUUGUUGCAUAUAAUCGUCGCCGAAUCCGAGAUAUCCCGUUCGUCUACGAGGAUGAUAAUGUAUGA